AUGGAAAAAUCUGAAUUGAACUUGGGAAAGCUAUUCCAGAAGUUGAUUCGUGAAGGUUAUAAAUAUGCUGAUAGACUUUCAGAUUAUUUAGAAGAUAUUGGGACUAUAAAUAUUGGUGAAUUCGAAUUAGAAGCCUUAAUUGACUUCUACUAUCCAGCCUUAAUUCCACCUUUAUCUGUCUUAGCAACUAGAGCAGAUAUUCGUAAAAACUUUCCUAUUAGUGUAGAAUUUGCUGUCAUAGGAGGAGCGAAAUUGAAAGCUUGGAGAAACGACGUGCUUAUGAAAUUCCUUCAUCAUUCGAAUUUAGCUCCUUCAAAGCAUAGACCAGAUGCAUUAUAUGAUGUAUUUACCAAGACUAGUGUUUUAGGAUCAGAACAUAUAUUAGCUCUAGCAUGA